AUGGCCCACGUUAACCCACUCCACUCUCCGGUCUCCUCUGCCCAAUAUUCGUCGUACAGCUCCCUCUCCGGAGCGCUCAUCGACCCGGGACACAAAUUCGAGUCUCCCUUCCGGCGGUGGCUCCCCCAGAAGUCCUAUGUGCCUCCGUCAAAGUGGAGACAAGCUACUGCAACCAAUAACCGUCACCUACCGCCUCUCUCAUUCGAUUACAUCGGGUUCAAGAAGCAGGGCAUUCCAAUGCGCGAGCUCUCGGCGCGCAGUAUCACAGCUCUGGGCCAGAUGAUUGCCGGCGCUAAUGACCCUGUGUUUGCGAGUACCGGUUUGAAAUCCGUUACUCUGCGGAUUAUGUGGCCUGGUUACACCCAUCUCGACUUCUAUCGAGUCAUCAAUGUGGUCACUGGUAGCGGACACAUCACCCGCGCCCAACUGGCUUCCACGAUUGCUCAAAACUUUGCUCGUUUCGUCGAGCACGCCCGCAAUGAGCGCCCAGACGCGGUGGAGUACGCGAUCGGCCCCACCGCCAUCCAAUUCGAACACCUCGUUCUCGUUGGAUUCCAUAACACUUUUGAAGAUGUGUGGCAGGCUGAUGUUGCCAUUGACCGACGAUGA